CAUCAACAGGCGCCACCACACCACACGGAAAAGCCACCUCGACCUUUCAAGCAGCAAACACGCUUCGAUUCCGUUUAUAAUGUGUAUUUAAAAAUGAUUUGAGGGGAAAUUAAAGCGUGUGUGAGACUGUGAAAGAGAACGGAUCCGAAAUGCUUCGUUGUUCUCUCGUAAUUUGUGGCAGAGGAGUCGCUAAAAGGUUUGCCUCAUCGUUUUCUGGCGAGAGCGCUCUGCCUUCCAAUUUACUGCUGCCUACAAACCUUGUGGACCCUGCCAGAUUAAAGCGUCCUCCUCCUCCUGCAGACUGCUCCCUGCCUGUCCUGAGGAAGUGCGACGCCAUCGUUCCCGCCCACCUGAGCCCCGUCCAGACGUGGGUGGAGACUCUGGAGAGGCGGGACAGCGAGCCGUUGGGUCUGGCUCACCUCCACCCAGAUGUCUUCGCUGUGCCUCCCAGGCUCGACAUUCUCCAUGACGUUGAAAAAUGGCAGAAAAAUUAUAAAAGAAUUAGCCACGCCAACACAAAGGUCAGGUCAGAGGUCAGAGGUGGAGGCAGGAAACCAUGGAAACAGAAAGGAAGUGGAAGAGCACGCCAUGGAAGCAUCCGAUCACCGAUAUGGAGAGGAGGUGGGGUGUCUCAUGGACCCAGAGGGCCGACCAGUUACUACUACAUGUUACCCAUGAAAGUUCGAGUGCAAGGACUCAAAGUGGCUCUGAGCUCCAAGCUGGCUCAGGACUACCUUUACAUCGUGGACUCUCUCAACAUCCCCACACCUGACUCUCAGUACCUGUUGGACCUCAUCAGACACAAACACUGGGGAGAGUCGGUGUUAAUAGUCAGUUUAGAUGAAGAGUUUCCCGACAACAUCCUUCAGGCAACAGCUAAUUUGAAGACAGUGAACAUUAUUCCAGCCAUUGGUCUGAAUGUCCACAGCAUCCUGAAACAUGAAGCCGUUGUCCUCACUCUGGAAACGAUUAAGUUUCUGGAAGACAAGCUGCUUUGGCACGACCAGCGUUACACACCUCUGUACCCAUUUAGACUGCCCUACUCAGAUCUCCCAUAGACCACACAAAAUUACCUGUAAUAUAUUCACUGACUGCAGUGAGACAAAUGUUUUAUUAAUGUGUUUAUUAUGUUUAUCAAAACAAGUCACCAAUAAAUAAUGUCAAUGAUAAAAAAAAAAA